AUGAGAAUAUCAAUUGCUGAAUCCAUAGUUUUUUUCACAGCCUUCUCAGCUCUCACCAACGCUAUUCCUGUUCCUGAUUAUAAACCACCAAAUUAUGGCUUGAUUUGUAAUACUUCUAAUCCUUUGAACUUAACUCACCCGAUUAAUUGCACAAACUUUACAACUUUAAAUGACAAACUCGAUGAAACUGCUGAUGACUUGACUGAUCUAUCCGACGUUAUAAAAAGAGAAUAUUUGGAGUUUUACUCUGAUAAUGAUAAAGUUGUUGAUGAGAUAGUUAACCAGUUUGUUAUUCAAGAAGCUGAUUCCACCACUAAUAACAAUGAUGCUAUUGUUGAUGGCUCAAUUACAGGAUUUUACUUAAGAAAUCGUUAUCAAUAUGUCAUUGCGCUUGGCAGAUUUUUAACCGCCGACACCACUUUUAUUGAUUCUGUUUCAUUUUUAUCUUCUUCUUGUUUGGUUGAUACUGCUCCAUUUUCCUGCGCUGUUUCAAUUUUAGCUACUGGUUUGACUGGUGUCGCUUCAUUAUUAUCAAUUGGUAUUGCUACUUAUGACAACUAUAACGAUGGAUUGGUCUCAAACACUAUUCAACCUUCACAAAGUUCUUUAGUUGAAUACAGCCUAUUGCAAUCUAUCAAAAUCUUUUUACUUCCAAAUCAUUUAACAAAUUUAAUCAAUAUUCAACCUUUUAAUGAUCACAACCAAUUAAUUGAACCAGCACUUGAUACUGCUGAUGAUUUAUUAAAUGCUUUUAACCUUGAUGCUGCUGCCCCUAAUAAUAACAAUAACAAUAAAAAUGUCGAUGAAUCAUUAUUAAUCGCUCAAAAAAUUUCUUAUCUUACCUUUGAUUUGAAAAUUAAUUAUCAAAUUAAAAAAGCAAGCACUUUUUUCAAAAAGGCUUAUGGCGAUUUUUCUAUUCCAAUGGCUUUUUACUUUUUAAAUGAAAAUGGUAAAAUUGGUGCUUCGGUUAUCUUUGAUAGAAGACAUUACCUCAUUGAAAGUCUAAGUAUUUUAAACGUCUCUUUAAAUUAUUUAGUCGACACUAGUGUUCUUGGUUUAAGAUUUGAUAUAACCGCUGAGUUUGAAAAAGUUAAAUACUUUAAUCUUUAUAAAUUUGUCUAUUAUUUCCUAAAAGAUUUAAUAUUAAAUCGUGGCCCUUUAAUUGAUACUAAGCAUAAUUAUAAUGGAAUCGUUCUCAAAGUUCUAACUUUAAAUGAAAAUAAUGAUUUUUUUGACCCAAAUUUAUUGUCCAAUUAA